AUGGGUUAUCAUUCACAUUGGGAGAUAUCUACGAUAACGGGACAGGGUGCAUUUAUUGUGAAAGAUACUCCACCAAAAGAUUAUGGUGAUUUUGAAGACCAUCCAUUAACUAUUACUACAACCGCAAACGCCACCACCUCCAAUAAUAAUAAUACAACAGCAAUAAUAAAAGAAGAAGAGGAACCCUUUAUAAUAAUGUUUUCAGAUUUAUGGGCUAAAAGUGAUGAAAUAUUGGCAAAAGGAUUAAUGGAUCCACAAAAUUUUACUUGGAUUGGUCCACCAUCUGAUCUGUUGAUAAAUGGCAAUUUUUUAGAUGAAACGGUGUUUCUAGUUGAACCAAAAAAAACUUAUCGUCUUAGGAUUAUUGGUGCAACUACACUCGAAGAUAUAGUUUUUGAAUCUUUAGAUGAUAAAGAUAAAAAUCGAACUAAGUGA